AUGUCCCUGGCCCGGGUCAGUGAAUGGCGAAAGUUGCCCCUGAGUCUGGCAGAGCUUUGCAUCGACACAACCCUACGAUGCGGCCAGUCUUUUCGAUGGCGCAAAAUCAAUGAUGAAUGGUGCUGCACGCUAUACGGGCGCCUCGUCUCACUGAAGCAAGACCCGACUCACCUGCAUUACAAAGUGACCUGGCCAAAGAAGCCCGUUUACCCGCUGACGCCGCCCGUUGCUGACGAUGAAGCGGAUGGCGAUGAUACGGAGGAGUUGUUGCGACAUUACUUGAGUCUGAAAUUGGAUCUUAAGUCCCUUUACGAGCAGUGGUCUGAAGCAGACCCCAACUUUCGCAAGAGAGCACCAGAGUUUGGAGGGGUUCGCAUGUUAAGCCAGGAUGCAUGGGAAGCGUUGAUCUGCUUCAUUUGCAGCAGUAAUAACAACAUCUCGAGGAUAUCGCAGAUGGUUCACAAGCUUUGCACACACUAUGGCCCGCUUAUUGGUCACGUUGGAGAUGAAGCCUUUCAUGAUUUCCCCACGCCAGAAGCUCUCACUGGAACUUCAGUAGAGGCUCACCUGAGGGAGCUAGGUUUCGGUUACAGGGCCAAGUACAUUGCGCAGACGGCAUCAAUCGUGGUGAACGAUCGACCCAAGGGCUGGUUCGAAAGCCUGACAAAUCCGGAGAACCCGUGUUACCGGAAGACGCCAGAAGGCGCCAAGUUGGCACAGUGCACGUACAAAGAAGCUCACGAGCAGCUUCUCCAGCUAUCCGGUGUUGGGCCGAAGGUGGCAGACUGCGUGUGCCUAAUGGGUCUGGGCUGGGGUGAGGCCGUGCCGGUCGACACUCAUGUGUGGCAAAUCGCUCAGCGGGACUACAAAUUUGGGAAGGUCAAGACCAAGACAUUCAACAAGACCAUGUAUGAUGCAGUUGGAGAUCACUUCAGAGGCCUCUGGGGCAAGUACGCUGGAUGGGCCCACUCUGUGUUGUUCACGGCCGAUUUGAAGACAUUCUCUGAGCGCACCGUCAAGAAAGAGGAGGGCCAAGCAGUGACAGUGAAGAAGGAGGUUAAGGUUGAAGAAGAUGCGCCGCUGUUAGGCAGGAAACGGAAAGUUGUGAAGACGACUGUUAAGGUCGAGGUUGAGGAAAUGACAGAGGCAGCGCCGUUAGAGUCAUCGCCAAAGCGGAGGAAGACGAGAUCUCAAACAGUCAAGAGAACCUCGAGGUCGGCGUGA